AUGGAUGACAACUUCAAAGACCGGACAGCCUUCAUCAGAGGGGCCAAGGACAUUGCUAAGGAAGUGAAGCGGCAGGCAGCUAAAAAGGUAGCCAAAGGUACAGACCGACUCCACGAUGAAUACAGUCGGCGCUCUUACACACGCUUCCAGGAAGAGGACGAUGACGAUGACUACCAGCCACAAUAUAGCUACUCAGGUGGAAACGAUGAAGAAGGAGGCUCGAGCGAUGCCACUGAAGGCCAUGAUGAGGAAGACGAGAUCUAUGAGGGGGAAUAUCAGGGCAUCCCCCACGCCAACAAGAUGGCAGAUGACCACAUAGCAAGCACGCAGCCCAUGGUGGAUGAUUUCAGGGACUAUGAGGAGAUGGAAGGGGAACGGGAGAAGGAGAAGGAACAGCUGGCCCAGCAGUAUGAGCUCAUCUUACAGGAAUGUGGUCAUGGUCGCUUCCAGUGGACCUUGUACUUUGUUCUGGGCCUGGCACUCAUGGCAGAUGGGGUGGAGGUCUUUGUGGUUGGGUUUGUGCUGCCCAGUGCUGAGAAGGACAUGUGUUUAUCUGACUCCAACAAAGGCAUGCUCGGGCUAAUCGUAUAUUUGGGGAUGAUGGUGGGGGCCUUCCUCUGGGGAGGUCUUGCAGACAGAAUGGGCCGCAGGCAGUGUCUGCUCAUCUCUCUUUCAGUAAACAGUGUCUGCGCUUUCUUCUCAUCCUUUGUGCAAGGAUAUGGGACCUUCCUGUUCUGCAGACUUCUCUCUGGUGUUGGAAUUGGUGGUUCUAUUCCCAUUGUGUUUUCUUACUUCUCGGAGUUCCUCGCCCAGGAGAAGAGAGGGGAGCACCUGAGCUGGCUUUGCCUGUUCUGGAUGAUCGGAGGAAUUUAUGCCUCAGCAAUGGCGUGGGCCAUCAUCCCUCACUACGGCUGGAGUUUCCAGAUGGGAUCAGCAUACCAGUUCCACAGUUGGCGAGUCUUUGUUCUUGUCUGUGCCUUUCCCUCCGUCUUUGCGAUUGUGGCCCUCAACUUCAUGCCUGAGAGUCCUCGCUUCUACCUAGAGAAUGGCAAACACGAUGAGGGCUGGAUGAUUCUCAAGCAGGUUCAUGACGUCAACAUGAGGGCCAAAGGCUUCCCGGAACGGGUCUUCUCUGUAACGCACAUUAAAACCCCCAAACAGCUGGAUGAACUGAUCGAGAUCCAGUCAGAUACAGGCACUUGGUACCGACGCUGGCUAGUCCGCUUCACCAACAUCUUUCAGCAGGUUCGGAGCAACUUCCUGAAGUGUUUCUCGAUCCAGUACCGCCGCACAACAUUCCUUAUGAUGGCAGUGUGGUUCACAAUGGCCUUUAGUUACUAUGGUCUGACAGUAUGGUUCCCGGACAUGAUCAAAUAUUUGCAGAUGAUGGAGUACUCCUCACGCACUAAAGUCUUCUACAAGGAGAAGGUUGAACACUUCACCUUUAACUUUACCCUUGAAAAUCAAAUUCACAAGAAUGGUGAUUACUACAAUGACAAAUUUAUUGGGAUGAAGCUGAAAUCAGUGAUAUUCGAGGACUCCCUGUUUGAAGAAUGUUAUUUUGAAGACAUUACCUCGAGUAACAGUUUCUUCAAGAACUGCACCUUUAUCUCAACACUCUUCUACAAUACAGAUUUCUUUGACUAUAAGUUGAUGGGCUGCCGUCUGAUAAACAGUACGUUCCUUCACAGUAAGGAGGGCUGUCAGCUUGACUUCAGCGAUGACAACAAUGCCUACAUGAUCUACUUUGUUAGCUUCCUGGGAUCUCUAGCUGUACUGCCUGGAAACAUAGUGUCUGCUCUUCUCUUGGACAAGAUCGGUCGGCUUAGGAUGCUGGCUGGCUCCAGCACACUCUCCUGCAUCAGCUGCUUCUUUGUGUCCUUUGGUAAUAAUGAGUCUGCGAUGAUCGCACUGCUCUGUCUAUUCGGGGGAGUCAGCAUUGCUUCAUGGAACGCACUCGAUGUCAUUACAGUGGAGCUCUAUCCAUCUGAUAAGCGGACCACAGCCUUCGGAUUUCUCAAUGCUCUGUGUAAGCUGGCGGCCGUACUGGGCAUCAGUAUAUUCCAAUCCUUUGUGGGAGUUACCAGAGCAGUGCCCAUCAUGUUGGCCUCUGUUGCCCUGGCAUUGGGCAGUUACCUGGCUCUAAAACUCCCAGAGACUCGUGGCCAGGUGCUGCAGUGAGUCUGGCUUCAGCCAGAGCCCCUGUAGAUGUAGACACUGUGACUCAUCUUUCUCCGUUCUUUCAUAUUGUUUUUGUAUGUUUUCCCAUGUGGACAAGAAAUGAAACUCUAUAGAACUCAUUACCAACUCCU